AUUGACCAAACAACCGUCAUAAACGUUUUGACAUCGUUUUAAAGUCAAGGAAAAAUCUUGAUAUGGAUACGAUUUUAGUGCAAAAUCAAGUGCGACAGAAUGCAAAAGAUUUACAAGACUUUUAUAAAGAAUUAAAUCAAUGGGGUGAGGCAAUUAAAAAGAAGGAUGAGUUUGAAAAAGGGAAACCACAACGUCGACAAGUUUCGACGUCUCAAUUAAUUUCAAAUGAAAAAAAGUUUAAUGAUGAAGUGGAACAACUUUCUUCACCAUCAACAUCGAAUUCCCAUCAAAAAAUUUUUAAAGAUCCCACAAUAAAGAAACACAAACGUAUAAAAGGAUCAGAUUAUGCAGCAUGGGAUAAGUUUGAUGCAGAUGCUUAUUGCGCAAAAUUAGAUAAAAUCGAACGAGGUGAAGAAUUAAGUGAUCCAGAAACCGACGAAGAAGAAGAAGUAAACGAACGAUUAUUACAAUUGGGUGAUGUUCAUAAAGAAAAAGGAAAUUCUUAUGUAAAACAAGGAAAUUGGGAUGAAGGAAUUCGUUGUUACACGGAAGCUAUUGAUUGUUAUGCUUAUAACGCAAUUUAUUACGCGAAUCGAGCCUUGUGUUAUUUAAAAAAGAGGCAAUAUAAAUUAGCUGAAACCGAUUGUACUGUUGCUUUACAAAUCGAUAAAAUGUAUGUAAAAGCUUAUUUAAGGCGUGCUGCUGCUAGGGAAGGAUUAAAACUUUUUGAAGAUGCUGGGAAAGAUUUAUUAAAAGUUUUUGAGUUUGAGCCAUAUAACACUGAAGCACAGUUGAUUUUAAAAAGGGUUGAAACUGCUUUGGGUGUUAAAAUAACGAAAGAUACACUGAAAAAGGAUGUUGAAAAAAAGAAAUCAAUUUUAACAGAGGUUAUUGAAAGAAAGGAACCCCAAAAAGUGUUAAAUAAAGAAACUAAACAUGAAAAAAUGGAUGUUACUGAAAAUAAAGUAACUGUUGAGAAUGUUUUUGCUUACGGUCCUGGAGGAAAUAAUGUAAAACAUAUUGAAGCUGUGCGAAAAACACCAAUGACGCGAUCUAAAAGAUCUUUGAAACGAGUUCGGAUUGAAAAUGUUAAUUUAAAAUCCGAACAAACGUUGCUUUUUAAAGAGCAAGUCUUGAAAUCAACUAAUAAAGAUAUGGAACCCAUUACAACCCCACCUGUUUUAAGUAGUAAUCAUAAUUUGUUAGAUUUUAAAAUUGAGAAAGAAUCUGAAAUUUUGAAAGAUCUGACUUUGAAAGAUUCCCCGGUUAAGGAUACAAAAUUAAAUGCAAUUGAACUUCCAACCACCUCAUUACAAUUCUAUCAAAUCUGGAAUUCAUUCUCUGAUUCUACAGAAAAAUACAAAUUUUUAAAAAAAAUUGAUCCUCUUUGGUUAAGAGAUAUAUUUAAAUACAACAUGGAAUGUGCUGUUUUUGGAGAAAUUUUAGAAGUAUUGAACGACCAUUUUGUACCUAACAAUGAAAAUUAUUAUGAAUAUCUUAUGGGGUUAACCAAAGUGAACAGAUUUAGCGCUUUGGUUAUGUUUAUGACAUCAAAAGAUACACAAAGUCUUCAUAGUUUGGUUGAAGCAAUGGAGAAAAACAAUAAAUAUACCAAAGAUGAUGUUUUAUAUGUCAAAACUGCUUAUGAAUUGAAGAAUUAAAAUAUAUCUAGUAUUUCUUUUUUUGUAAAAAUAAUAACAUAGAUAACAAUUAUUGAGA